GCGGCCUAGCUGAGCAUCGGACGCCUGAAUGGGGUGGGGGGCCCCACCGCCGCCGCCAUUGCCGAGGCCGUUCGCGGUCCUUCUCUUGCUGCUGCCGAUUUCCUCGUGUACCGCCGUGCCGACGAGCGCAACCCCGAGUCCCGCCACUCCACCUUCGGCGACUAGCCGGGAUGGGACCACAGUUUCGGGGACGGAGUCCGAAGGGACCCCCGGUUCGGGGGCGACGACAGAUCUUCCUCUUCCUUCAACCCCCGGGCCCAGCCAGGGCUCCCCGGGCCUCGGCGAAGAAACCCCCAGCGGGGCAUCCAUCCCGGUCCCCACUAGCCCCAUAGUGCCUGCCACCCCCGGCCCCACUGCGGAAGCCGCCAGCUUCGGACCCAGCCCGGCAGGGAGUCCCGGCCCGUCGGGGGCAGCAGUUCCAGAAACGACGCCCCAUCGUGGUCCCUGGCCUGCGCCCGUGACCGACGUGGCUAAAUUGUGUACUUGUGACCUCCUGGUGGAUCAGUGCGACAUAAAUUGCUGCUGCGACCCCGUCUGCACUGCUGCAGAUUUUAGCCUCUUCACUGCAUGUUCUGUUCCUGUUGUCAUAGGUGACAGGCAGCUCUGCAGGCAGGAAGAAGCUCUCUAUUCAAUAAACCCAGCCGCGCACCCUCCUGAGAGGAUAUUUCAAUUAGCCGACAAGGUCAACCCCAGCGUUUUCUGCAUUCAGACCGCCAACUACAAAGCUGCCUUGUCCUUCCAGGAUCCAGAAAUCCCCACUUCACAGAACUUUGGUCAGCUUCUUCAACAGUUUGGCGGGGACACCUUUGAUGCUGAAAAUGAUCUUGCACCGACACUUGAAUCACAAACUCAGCGUGCCGCUGAUGCAAACAAGACCAGCAGAUACGAAUUUAAGGAUCCGAUCCAGACUUCAGAUGGGUUUCUAAGGCUCCCGGCGCCUCUCUUCCUCUCCCAGUGUGCUCACAGUAACCCUGCAGGGUUUUUACUGAACCAGGCUGUGAAAUGCAACACGGUGAUCGAGUCGGACAAAUGCACGGCCAUUCCAGCGCUCAGCAUGCAGUUCUACACCAAUUCUAGCAUUUUGGCUGUACCAAAUUCCAGUCAAAUGGUGACCAUCACCAUCCAGUCUGUCACUGUGCAGACUCCGGAGGGGCUGCGCAUGCGCCUGGCCAACGAAGGGGCCCUGCUGCUCCCUGAGCUAAAUGGCCAGUUCUGCAACAACUCGGUCCUUGAGGCGCGCUACCUUGUCACCUUCACAGAGGCAGGCGAAAUAAUCAGCGCAGCUGUGUCUUUGGUCCUGGGGACCGUUAACAUGGCGGCAUUUUUUGUACAGCAGACCUUUGAGAUCCGUUUCAUUCAGCAAGAUACUCAUCCUGUUUCUCUCAGUGGAAGCCCUGGUUAUGUUGUCGGAUUGCCCAUAAAGGCUGGAGUUCGAUCAACUGCCUCUGGAGUCAUUCAGAGUGCGAACGAAGGCGGCCAGCUCACCAUAAUGAAAAGCACAUCCGGCCAGGAUUGCUUAGCUGUAGAGGGAAGCAGAACUCCGGUACUGUUCGGGUACAACAUGAUGUCUGGCUGCCUGCUGCGAAUUACCAAGGAUAUGGACUGCAGGCUCGUGGCCCCGGCCCUCCUGGACGUGCUGAAGGGCCAGACCUUUCCGGACUGCGUGGCCUCCUUUGGCGAUUCUCUGCCCCAGAAUGGACUGGACUGGGUGCAAAUUUAUUACAAUGUCACCAAACCGACCACCUGUGAAAUUCCUGUCUCAUUUGAUUUAGAAGUGAAAUGGACUAAAUAUGGCUCCCUGGUUAACCCCCAGGCUAAGAUUGUGAGCAUCACAGUGACAGUCGUGACAGCCGCCUUGCCCCAGGUCGAUCCAGGAAGCCCAAGAACCAUCCAGAUACUCAGUUCUGCUACUUUCAGCGAUGUCUCCGCACCUGCUGAGCCGGGUUACAAAGCGCGGCCGACCAUCGAGGCUCACUUGCCCUUUGACUUUUUCUUUCCAUUCGUUUAAAGGAAGUGUUGGGUCAGAGGGAGACGUCCUGCUUUGAAGGAAAAAAAGAAAAAAAGAUGCAGCCGGGGGGGACGAGGGGGGACCGCUUUUCCAACCAGCAUUGCAAGAGGAUUGACGUUUGUCUCCCAAAGGGGAUGAGCUGGCUCCGUGCAUGCAUGUAUGAAGGGAAGGAUUCCAAAUAAAGCCGAAAUGGGCCUUGGAGCUAAGGGGAAAAUUCGCCCUGCCUCUCAGCUUCAUCAACCAAGCUCUCUCAUCUGCUGCCGCAGAGAGAGAGAAGCAGCCCAUUCUAUGCUACCCUGGAAGUCUGCUGCAGAGGAGUUCAGCGUUUCUUGGGCCUCGGCUUCCCCCCCACCCCCCUGCGGCUGCAACACAGCCAUUCCUCCUUGCCCUUGUAAUAUGGGAACUGUCACUGUAUUCUGAGGUGCAGGGAAUUGUCAAGGAAAGGGCCCUUGUGCCUAGAUGGUCACAGACUUCCUUCCUCUGCUGCGACGCUCCAGGUUCCAGUACCUGCUGCAUAUUCCUUCUGGACUGAUUUUUCGAGGUUUACUGUAAUUCAAGCUAUUACUCCAAACUUCACUUCAAUGCUCUCUGCUUGAGAGAGAGAGAGAGAGAGAGAGAGAGAGAGAGAGAGAGAGAGAGAGUGAGAGAGUGAGUGUUCUCAAACACCCAUUUGAUGUCCCUUAGCAGCCAGCUUUAUCCUGUGAAGGCUUUACUGGGAUAGGGCUGACGGGCAGGAAGAAGAAGGAACAGCUUUGACAGGACCCACGCCGUUUGGUGCUUUCGUUGCCAACGGUGAAAUCGCUCUGUGUUUGCAAAGUGCUUUCCUGUUCUGUAGAAUCUCCUCUCCUGAUGUGCUGCAAUCCCCGCCCCCCCCCCCCCAGGAUUACUUCUCCUCAUGGCAAUUCGGGUUUUGUUUGUGUGGGUUUUUUAAUUAUUCAUGCCACUGUAAGCUUUUGCCAAAGCCAGUUUGAGGGUGGGCAAGGAAGUGUGGGGGGGGGGAGUGGAAUGCAUGAAUGGGGUGGUGGAGUGGAAGUGGGAGAGUGGCUCAGUUAUUACCUUCCGGACAGCCGAAGCAGCGAACAUCAGAAACCCCAAGGGAGAAGAAAGCCAAAUGUGGAGGGGGUGAGAUGCUUGGGGAAAGCGGUCUGCCCUUCCAAAUGCGCGUCUGCUCCCUCUUUCCUUGUGUUGCAGACCUUCUCUCGGUACUAAGAGUUGUGACUUGAAACUUUGUGAAACCAAUCAAGGCCGUCCUGCUAUA